GUAUCUACGGAGUAUAAACAAUUGACUCACCAAUUGACUCAUCAAUCAAUAGAUUUGAAGUGAGAUCCGUAGGUGAACUUAUUAUAAAUUAUCUCUGGAUUCUAACAAAAUUCAUCCAUCUAUAUUUCUACUCAUCCUUCCUAUUCAAUGAGCUCUGACUGAUCUCUCAACAAUUUCUACUCAAUUGACCUUUCUCUUUACUCACCAGCAGAAUGACUCUCAAUUCAUUGCGUCCUGGAUCUCGAGCUCUGCAAAACUUCAGCAGAGCUCAAUUGCGUUCAUACAGCCAUGGCUCAACACCUCUCACCUCACCUUUCGCGCCCCGUCAUCUUCUCUCUAUCGCAGAUCUCACUCCGUCCGAACUUACUACCCUCGUUCGCUCCGCACACUCGCACAAAGUCGCACUCAAAUCUGGCGCCGUUCCUACGUCCCUUCUCAAUUCAUUGACUGGUAAAGUAAUUGCCAUGCCAUUCUCCAAACGCAGUACUCGUACGCGUGUCUCUACCGAAUCGGCAGUUACCACCAUGGGCGGACAUCCUAUGUUUCUUGGUUCCGGUGACAUCCAAUUGGGUGUUAAUGAAUCAUUAUACGAUACUUCAGUUGUCAUUUCAAGCAUGACUGCAGGUAUCGUAGCUAGAGUGGGGCCUCAUUCGGAUGUUGCAGGUUUGGCAAAGUGGUCGAGUGUACCGGUCAUUAAUGCUUUAUCCGACGAAUACCACCCCUUACAAACUAUUGCCGAUUACCUCACGAUCCACGAAGCAUUCCCGUCGCAACCUUCCAGAAGCUCAUCACAUAUUACGCCAAGCUUGGGUCUGGAGGGCAUGAAGAUCGCUUGGAUUGGAGACUCAAAUAAUGUUCUCUUCGACCUUGCAAUUGGAGCUAUGAAAUUAGGUAUCAAUAUUUCAGUUUCUUCACCGGAGGGUUACAAGAUUCCAGAAUAUAUGCGUAAGAUCAUACAAUCUGCUGCAACCACAACAGAUACACCAGGAACACUUACAGAGGUUUCUGUGCCUGAAGAGGCCGUAAAGGGUGCGGAUGUAUUAGUGACUGAUACAUGGAUAUCUAUGGGCCAAGAAGAAGAGUCAGCUAAGAGGCUUAAGGCAUUUGCUGGAUACCAAAUUACGGAAGAGAUGGCAAAGAGAGGUGGUGCUAAAGACGGAUGGAAAUUUAUGCAUUGUCUACCUAGACAUCAAGAUGAAGUCAACGACGCAGUAUUCUACGGCCCUAGGAGCUUGGUCUUCCCAGAGGCCGAGAACAGAUUAUAUUCUGCUAUUAGUAAGUUUCCAAAUCACCUACAGGUUGGACUUGACAUACUAACUAAACAUAGCUGCUUUGGAAGCAUUCGUAGUCAACAAGGGCAAGAUUGUGUGAAGGCAUUUGAGUUCGCAUAUAUACCAAGGGCGCUAUCCGGAGUACAAAAGGAAGGGUAAUUGUAACAAUCAUGAAUUCACAUUUAUGCACAAUGGUUUAU